AUGAAGUUUCUCUGCCUUUAUGGGGGCGGGACGGGCGAGGAGUUGUUCAAGGAAAAUCUGGAGCCACUCAACGCUGCAUUGCCUGCUGAAUACCACGUCCAAUUCCAAUAUGUGAAACCGUUGCAUGAAAUACCAUUUGUUUCGGCCGAUAUGGCUGCAUAUGCAGGCCCAGGACCAUACCUGCGGUAUGUCGAGUAUCCACAGGAAGCCACUGUACCAGGUCUGCUCCAAGAAAUCAAUGGAACUACGUCGGGCAGUGCUGAGCAGGUAUGGCGCGGGGCAUUCGACUGGUUCUACCCGAAAGGGUUGGAUGAGCAGCGUCAGUUCAAGGAGAGCAUCGGGAGGUCUGUUGGGUAUCUGAAUGAUAUCAUUGACCAAGACGGGCCCUUUGAUGGUCUAAUUGGUGUGCGCUCUUUUACGGUGGAUAUGCCCCCCUACGUUUCCAAUGGGUCCAAGUUCGUUCUCGCUGAUGAGGUUGGGACGGUCUUUCACUUUCCCACUUGCCAUGUCAUCGGAUCAGAUGACCCCAUGAUAGACGGCUGCACAACUUUGUUGAACCUAUGUGACAGUGCCCAAGCGACGGUAGUGGAAGGAGGAGCGGGCCAUUUGAUGCCGCAGGAUAGUUUCGCUAUCCAAGCGGUCAAUGACGCGUUUUGCAAAUUGGUGGAAACGGCAGUUGGAAGCUAUUCCGAGAACUUCUAG